CGGUCUCUGCAAGACCGUCUGUCUGUCCGCUCGCUCGUCCGUCCGCUGCCCGGGUCCCGCUAGCCCGAGUGCGCGAGUCGAUUUGUCGGUUCCGGCCGCCACAAACCCGUCUCCCGCCCCCGAGCGGUCCGCCUCUGCUACGCGAGGCCGGGGAUUGGCAGGGCGCGUAGGCCGCGCCGCGGCGGAUGGAGCCGGAAUAAAGAGGCAGCCGAGAAAGCAGCUGGUCUCCGCUCGCCCCGCGCCUGACCCCCGCGGGCGGCCUGGAGCAGAACCGAUUACUGGGGAAGGCAAAGCCUUCUCGGCAUUGCUGGGACCCUGUCCCGAAGAGCUCCCUGCCCUGUAAGCACUGCCUUGUAGGCUAUCUUCUUGGCUCAUGACAAGGGCUAUCUGACCAGUCCUCCUCUGUGCCUUGUGUGAGGUUCUUGUCCUGCCCUGAGAUCCAGUAGCUUCUCUCAGGUUGGGUUCACCUUAAGCGGGAAACUGAAGCCAUUACUGUCCAAACCCAGUUUCAUCUUCCCAAGCAUGUCGGAAAGUUGGCAGCAGCCACCACAGACGCAGCCACAACAGCCACAGCCACCACAGCCUCAGCACCAUGCAGAGCCACCCCCAGCCCUGGCUGAACACACGCUGCCCCCGGGCACGGCUGAGAACCCGCUAGGCUGUGCUGUCUAUGGCAUACUGCUGCAACCUGACCCAGGCCUGCAGCCCCCACAGCAUGCACCUCUGCAAGCAGGGGAGCCCAGCCCCAAAUGUGGUGUGUGUGGCCAUGACCUUGCACACCUCUCCAGCCCUCACGAGCACCAGUGCCUGGCAGGCCAUGACCGCUCCUUCCAGUGCACACAGUGUCUCAAGAUAUUUCAUCAAGCCACUGAUCUGCUGGAACACCAAUGUGUGCAGGCCGAGCAGAAGCCUUUUGUCUGCGGUGUCUGCAAAAUGGGCUUCUCACUGCUCACCUCCCUGGCCCAGCACCACAGCUCCCACACUGGCAUGGUGAAGUGCUCCAUCUGUGAUAAGACCUACAAGCCAGCGGAGGCUGCCGAACCAGCCACCACUACUGCCCCAUCGCUGCCCUCGGCACCUCCACCAGCUAAUGUCGCCCCUGUGGAACAGCCUGAGAAGCCCUACAGCUGCCCUAUCUGCCAGAAACCUUUCAAGCACCUGUCGGAGCUCUCCCGGCACGAGCGGAUCCACACUGGAGAGAAGCCGUACAAGUGCACGCUGUGUGACAAGAGCUUCAGCCAAUCCUCCCACCUGGUGCACCACAAGCGCACGCACAGCUCCGAGCGGCCGUACAAGUGCGCGGUCUGCGAGAAGACCUUCAAGCACCGCUCCCACCUGGUGCGCCACAUGUACGCGCACUCGGGAGAGCACCACCUGUUCCGCUGCAACGUGUGCGAGCUGCACUUCAAAGAGUCGUCAGAGUUGCUGCAGCACCCUUGCACCCCAAGCGGUGAGCGGCCCUUUCGCUGCGGCGAGUGCCAGAAGGCCUUCAAGAGGCCUUCAGACCUGCGGCAGCAUGAGCGCACUCACAGUGCCGAGCGGCCCUUCAAGUGUGACCUGUGCCCCAUGGGCUUUAAGCAGCAGUAUGCGCUGAUGCGGCACCGGCGCACACACAAGACGGAGGAGCCCUUCAAGUGCGGCCUGUGUGAGAAGGGCUUCGGGCAGCCGAGCCACCUGCUCUACCACCAGCACGUGCACACCCUGGAGACUCUCUUCAAGUGCCCCGUGUGCCAGAAGGGCUUCGACCAGUCUGCUGAGCUGCUGCGGCACAAGUGCUUGCCGACCUCCACAGAGCGGCCCUUCAAGUGCCCGGUGUGCAACAAGGCCUACAAGCGGGCCUCUGCCCUGCAGAAGCACCAGCUGUCGCACUGCGCAGCUGCAGAGAAGCCUCUGCGCUGCACCCUGUGUGAGCGCCGCUUUUUCUCUUCCUCGGAGUUCGUGCAGCACCGCUGUGACCCGGCCCGGGAGAAACCGCUCAAAUGCCCGGACUGUGAGAAGCGCUUCAAGUACGCUUCAGACCUGCAGCGUCACCGGCGGGUGCACACGGGUGAGAAGCCCUACAAGUGCCCCAACUGCGAUAAAGCCUUCAAGCAGCGCGAGCAUCUCAACAAGCACCAGGGCGUGCACGCCCGCGAGCAGCAGUUCAAGUGUGUGUGGUGUGGCGAACGCUUCCUGGAUGUGGCGCUGCUCCAGGAGCACAGUGCCCAGCACAGCGCUGCCGCUGCCGCUGCGGAGGGCGCCUACCAGGUGGCGGCCUGCCUGCCCUGAGGCCUCGGGGCCACCACCUGCCCUGUCCAGUCUCGCUUGCUUGCGGCUGCAUGGCAGCAAGCCUGUCAACCAGCUCCCUCCUCAGGAGUGAGGACCAAAGGGUUCUGGGCAGGUGGAGGAUGUGCAUGUUCAGUUCUCCUAGCACCAGACCAGCCAUGGGAGGAGCCAAACUGCUGGGGCCAGACCAGAUUCCAUUAACCUCUACCCCACGACAGAACUUGCUGAGAUCCUGCUGCCCUCCUCCCCCCAUCUAUAGAGAACUUGAAUCCCACCUGUAGUCAGGUGCCUCUGCCCCAGGUGUGAGGGAUGUCAACCCAGCCUUCCCAAAUCGUUCAGCCUAGUUAGAAGUCAGGUGACUCGGGAAGACGGAAGUAGGGUUUCUCCUCAAAUUGAUUUUUUGGGGGGGAGAAGGCCAGCUUUGUGACAGUUCUGGAGACUUAGAGUAUGGACCAUGAGCUACAGUCUCAGAUUGCCCAGCUAGGAUGAAUGUGCCAGAACCCCAAGUUUCUGAUAGUUGAGAUAGGUAGGAUAGGAGUCUUUGGGCAGGGGGUGCCUGAAGCCAGGGG